GUCUAGAUCUCCUAGCCAAGGCAGCUGGUAAUCCUGGCUGUCCAAACUCUGCACUUGAUCCCGACUCUAUUCUCUAGGAUAGUUUUUGACAAUGACAGCCUUUUGUUCCCAUGGGGCCCAUGGAGCCCUAUGUGGCACUUCUGAUCAGGAACAGCGUGCAUUAUGGUUCAGUGGGGGAUCAGAUCGAUCAUCCUUGGAUUUCUUCUAGGCAAGUGUCGUACUCGUAAUAUAUGCUUACGUGCAUCUAGUUUCUGUAGCGAACCGACACUCUGAAGCGACAAGUCCACAAUCGAGGGCCUGUGUUAGUGCAGCAAGUUGGCCUUAAGAAUUCACUUCUUCCCAUUUCUCCACAAAUCAUCAACCGGGAUGAAUAGCUGUUAUAUCGACUGGCUGCCGGACGACGUGCUCCGCGUCAUUUUCAAGUUGGUCAGUGAAGAAGACCAAGCAGCUUUCCAUGAUUAUUCUAUGCAGAAUGAACGGAGAGGCAGACAUUGGGACGACUGGCAAAAAGAUUAUUAUCAUUAUCAGGACAUGUACGCAGAAGGAAUCAACGACCCUCCGCCAUCGGCACUCAUUUCAGCAAUGGAUGUGUGGCGAGCGAUGGAAUUGUCUCAUAUCACAGACUCCAACAUUGUGGACU